AUGCAAAGUUGUUUUAAGAUUUGUAAGUGUUCAGAAGAACAGAAGGUGACUUAUGCUGCUACCACCUUUGGAGGUUCGACACUUCAUUGGUGGGAGACUGAAUGCGCCAUUCGAGGGGAUAAAAACAUCGCUACCAUGACCUGGGAGAAAAUUAAGAUGUUGAUGGAUAAAUAUUGUAUGCAGACAGAGGUGAAGAAGUUGGAGUCGGAGUUCCUGAGGUUGGAGCAAGGAUCUUUGUCUAUUCAAGAAUAUGUGAACAAAUUUCUAGAAAAGCCUAGGUUUGCUAGUUAUCAGGUGGCAACUGAGCAAAGAAAGAUAGAUCGAUUUAAGGAUGGCCUAAGGAUAGAGAUAAAGCAGUACGUGGAUAUGGUUAAACCAACCACGUUUGUUCAAGUUGUGGAAAUGGCGACUGUUGUGGAGGAAAAUGACAUCAAGGCAACUAGGGAGAGAAGGGAGGUCAAAAGAAAAUGGGAAGCAUCAAGUAAAUUGACAAAGAAAUCCAAGGGGGAGAUGACAGAUACGAAGGCACAAAAUGGAGAGUUCACAAAUCCUCAGUGCACCAAAUGCAAUCGAAGACAUAUGGGUGAAUGUUGGGCAGCAAAAGUGACAUGUUUUCGGUGCGAAAAACCCGAGGACACAUCAAGGGAGUGUACUGAAAGCAAACUUUGCUAUGAUUGUGGGGCAUCAGGUCAUAUACGAUCUGAAUGUCCUAAAAACCAAAAGGGGACCAUAAGCAAUGUUAGAGUUUCAGGUAACAGGUCAGGAAGAGGGGCCGAAAAAAAGGAACUACCUAAGGGACCAGAACGAGCAUACAACAUGACUUUGGAGGAGGCUAGGGAGUCUCCUGACGUCGUAUCGGGUAUGUUUCUUGUAAGCAAUGUUUAUGCUCAUGUACUAUUUGAUUCGGGUGCAAAUGGUAUUUUCAUGUCUUCUACUUUCUGCCACUAUUUGAAUAAGGAUGCUUGUAGACUAGGAAAGAGCUAUAUUGUAGAAACUGCUGACGGCAGUCAAGUUAAAAUAGAUGAAAUAGUUUAUGGGUGCACGAUCUAUAUAGAUGGUAGAGAAUUGCCUGUUAGGUCAAUGCCUAUKUGUUUAGGAGGUUUUGAUGUGGUUCUAGGAAUGGACUGGUUAUCCGAACACCAAGCACAAAUAGUGUGCCACCAAAAGAUGAUCAAAAUUCAGAACCCCCAAAGGGCAAACAAUUCCUGUGUAUGGCGAUUGCAGGAAGUGUGGUACGGGGAUCAUCACAACACUAAAGCGAGAAGGUACCUUCAAAAAGGGUGCACUGCUUAUCUAGCGUAUGCGGUCGAUGCUAAGUUAGAAAAGGGAACAGUACAAGGGGUACCAGUGGUGAACGAGUAUCCAGAAGUUUUCCCGGAUGAACUACCAGGACUACCACYAGAAYRUCAAGUUGAGUUUCGUAUUGACUUAGUGCCAGGUGUGGCUCCUGUUGCACGAGCACCUUAUCGGUUAGCCCCAACAGAGAUGCAAGAGUUGAUGAAACAACUUCAGGAGUUGUUAGACAAAGGUCAUAUGGUCAACUCAGAAGGAAUUAAGGUGGAUCCGGCAAAGAUAGAGACCGUCAUGGAUUGGGAGUCACCAAAAUCUACAUUCGAAAUUCAAAGUUUUCUGGAUCUAGCAAGAUAUUACCGAAGGUUUAUCAAGGACUUCUCCAAAAUAGCAACGUCUAUGACCAUUUUGACAAAGAAGUCAAUUAAGUUUGAUUGGGGAGAAAAACAAGAAGAAGCUUUCCGAACCCUCAAGACCAAGUUGAGUAGCGCCCCAGUCCUUGCUUUACCGGAAGGAACAGAAGACUUUGUUGUUUAUAGUGACGCCUCUAAGAUGGGUCUAGGUUGUGUUCUGAUGCAACGAGGCAAGGUUAUUGCUUAUGCAUCAUGA